AUGGAAGCAGCUGCGGAGGCUGUAUCAGCCGCUAAGGAGCAAUCAUUGAUCCUUAAAGGGAAACGGACUAAGCGGCAACGCCCGCAGUCCCCAAUCCCUUUCUCUAUCAUCCCUCCUAUGUCUUCACAAGAACCAGAUGCUGAAGAAGAAUCCACUAGUCUUGUUUCCAAGGAGCAGAAUCUCAAUGAUGAGAGCAACAACAACAAUAACAACAUUAAGAAUGAUAACAAUACUUUGAUCAAUGGUGUUACAUCUUCAUCUUCAGCCUCUUCAUCUUCCAACAACAAUGCCACAUUAAAGGCCACUGUUGACGAGGAAGAUCAAGAUAUGGCUAAUUGUUUGAUCCUCCUCGCCCAAGGCCACUCUCUUCCCCAGCACCAACCGCAACCUCACCUUCAACAACAAACAAGACAGCUUAUGAUAAGUUACCAAGAAUCUGGUAACAACAACAAUGCGUAUAGAUCUAGCAGCAGGAGGUUUCUGGAGACAUCUCCAUCGAACGGUGGAGGCAGAGCCGGCUACUAUGUUUACCAGUGCAAAACAUGUGACCGUACUUUUCCGUCAUUCCAAGCUCUCGGCGGCCAUAGGGCCAGCCACAAGAAGCCUAAAGCCGCCACGGGCCUUCACUCCAGUCAUGACCUCAAGAAGUCUAUCUACGAUGACCCCGUUUCCCUUCAUCUCAACAACGUUGUCACCACAGCUCCUAACAGCAAUAGUAACCAUAGAUCGCUUGUGGUAUACGGUAAAGCUAAUAAUAGUAAUAAGGUCCAUGAAUGUGGAAUAUGUGGAGCCGAAUUCACGUCCGGACAAGCAUUAGGUGGUCAUAUGAGGCGACAUAGAGGUGCAGUGGUGGCCACAGCAGCUGCCUCUACGGCCACCCUAGCGGUUGCGGCAACUCCAGUUACUGCAAACACGGCUUUGUCACUGUCGCCUAUGUCGUUUGAUAAGAUGUCGGAAGGUCCGGUUCAGGUUCCGGUUAAGAGAGCGAGGAGUGCGGUUGUGUCGUUAGAUUUAGAUCUGAAUCUACCUGCCCCGGAAGAUGAGAAUAGGGUCAACGGUGGAUUAAGCUUAGCUUCAAAGCAAGAACAAGAACAUGAACAUGAACAAACACAACAGAAUCAACAGAGAGAAGAACAAAAGUCUAUUGUCUUGUCUUCUGCUCCUACUUUGGUGGACUGCCAUUACUGAAAUCAAAGAAAAAAAUUCAA